AUAACGAUGUGCUUAGUUCGCUGAGCUUCUUACAUCUUCGAGUCAUUAUAGGCUAUUAAAGAAGACAGUAGCAUUUCACCCAGAAAAAUCCCACCAAACCAGUGGAAUAAGCGGCGAUGACCGCUAAAGAUAGAACCUCACCGUUCUUUAGAUUAUUUUCAAAGACUGAUAUUUUUUGUCUGUUCAAUAGCAGCGCUGACGCUUUGUUGUCAUGUGAUCAGCGAGCUGGUAUAAAGCGCAAGGAAAGGUCCGCCCUCUUUGGAAUCCUGGUCUGGCCUUUAGGAGGGUCUCCCCAGACAGAAUAAGCGUGUGGAUGUGGGGAUCUGGGCGACCUCUUGAUUCUGUGCCGACAGUAAUCCAUUAAAAGCCUAUGGCACUGGUGACACACUGGCACGUCCUCACCGCAUCUGCUCGGCGCGUCUUAUGAGUUCUCUCGAUUCGAGAGCGCAGGUAACACGCAGCACGCCCAGCGCUUUCCGCCGUUGCCCAUCAGGGACCCGAGAGCGCCAUGACUUUGAGCUCCGAGAUGUCGGAUGCGUCUGUGCUCUCGGAGGAGACCGACAUCGACGUGGUUGGGGAGGGAGAUGAUGGUGACGGCCACACGCGCUCCUACGUGGAUGAGGUGGCUCAGAUGCACGACGAGAUCCUGCUCAGCGGUUCGCCGCCUUGUGUGGAUGCCUCCGCCGCACGGGACCCCUACAAACCAGCAAGUAAAAACACCCUGGUGAAGCCCCCAUACUCCUACAUCGCACUCAUCACCAUGGCAAUCCUCCAGAGUCCCAAGAAGCGCCUGACGCUCAGCGAGAUCUGUGACUUCAUCAGUAACAGAUUUCCGUACUACCGGGAAAAGUUCCCAGCUUGGCAGAACUCUAUCCGGCACAACCUGUCCUUAAACGACUGCUUCGUCAAGAUACCACGGGAGCCUGGGAACCCCGGUAAAGGCAACUACUGGACACUUGACCCAGAGUCCGCCGACAUGUUUGAUAACGGGAGCUUUCUACGCCGCCGGAAACGCUUUAAGCGCCAGCAGGCACCUGAACUUCUUCGCGAGCACGGAGGCUUUCUCCCCGCGGCCGCUGCGUACGGCUACGGACCUUACGGUUGUGGAUACGGUCUGCAGCUUCAGUCUUAUCAUGCACAUUCCGCGCUCCUCGCUUUUCAGCAGCACCAGCAGCAGCAGCAGCAGCAGCCGCCGCCCCCGUCUCGGCAUCCUCACACCGGAACUCUCAUCCCAGCGCCUUCCCUCAUGCCAACCACAGCUGAGCUCACCCGUUCCCGCUUCUAUCCUCCUCUUAGCCCCGGGCUUUCCUCCCCCUUACAGACUGCGGCUAAGUCCCCGGUUCACCGUUCACCCUUCUCUAUAGACAGCAUUAUCGGGAGCUCUUUAAGCCCUACGCACUCGCAUUGUGCCUCACGGACUUCCCCGGUGGUCCCGGUGCUGCCGCCGACCCUCGCGUCUCAGCACUCCCCAAACCAACUACCGGGAGUCUUGCACGGACCGACGUCUUUACACGAAACCUACGCGAACCGGAUUGUGACUGGCACUAGCGGCUGUUAAUUUUUUUAAACUAAACGUCACAUUUUAAAGCGAUACACUCCUGUGCUUAAGGUAGGAUUAUUUUUGUAUUGUUUUGUUUCACACAGCUGAAUGGUGAACAUUAACACGUUCGUGCCUAUAUUCAAGCUGUGAAAUAUAAAAUAUAUAUUUAUGUUAACAUUUUAGUUCAAUCUAAUUUUCGCCCCCACGAACUUUUUCGUUGUCAGUGUGAUUGUGGUAAUCACUACAUAGGGCGUCUCAGGACAACAUUUUUAACAGGCUAUAAAAUAAAUUGUCAGAUGUCUACAAUGAUAUAUUUUGUGUGAAAACACAGAUGUUUUCUAGUUUGGCAAAUUGAUUUUAUUAUUUGUACUUUGUAAUGAAAAUUCACAAGGGUGAAAAUCGAGCAUUUUUAUACAACGUGUACUUCUCAGUAGCCUAAUAAACAAUGUACAUUCUUUGGUACUGUAUAUUCGGAGUGUGCUAUUUUUUACACGGUGUUUUUCAUUGAUAAUAAAUAUUGUUUUGCAAAAUAA